AUAUGUUAAAACCCAAGGAAAAUUAUGAUUUUAAAACUUGUCAUUUGUUCUCAUCCGCUGCUAAUAUGCGCGAGCGUCAUUUAAUACAACUCAUGCAACGAUAAGGCGUGCACGUCGACGUCCUCGAGAUGAUAAGGAAGUGCUCCUAUUGGAUUACGCGUUAGGCAGGCGCAGUGCGAGUCCCAGCGAAUCCUUAAAUUCCUAUAAAUACAAUGACACAAUAAAAUAUGCGGCACGUGUGAUUUUUCUUAUCCGGCGCAGUGUUAAUUAGAUCUAUUGAAAAUGGCACUCCUUGGCGCUCAACUAGUUAUCACUCUGGUGAUGAUCAGCAUCAUCCAGAAGCUCGGACCACAUUUUUCCCUAGCCAGGUGGAUAUUGUGUUCAACUGGUUUAAUAAGAUAUCUGUAUCCAACCAAUACAGAACUCCGGCAGGUUGCCAAUGUGCCUAAGGAUAAAGCAAAGAAUAAGAAGGCAGGCAAGCAGAAUGGAAGAAUUGAGCACAAGGCAGAGACAUUUCAUAUACCCAGGAAUGUUGAUGUUGAGCUGGAAACUGCCAAAGUAUGCAGCCUAGAUGUGAUUCAUCUCAGAUAUUAUCCAGAGUAUCAGUGGCUUGUUGAUUUCUCUUUAUAUGCUGCUUUAGUGUAUAUUGUGACUGAGGUGUAUCAAAUAUGGUUCCCCAUCAAAGAUGAAAUUAACUUAAGCAUGCUCUGGUGCUUUUUAGUAAUUAUUUUCUCAAUCAAAAUUCUGUUAUCAUUAACCGUCCAAUACUUUCGAGGUGAAGAAUCGGUCGGCGAAAGGUCCACCUGCAUCUGCAUGGGCUUUACCUAUUUAUUAAUAUCGAUGAUGGUGUUGAUUGUCGAUGAGAACACCUUAGAAGUUGGUCUGGAAACGGCGUACACCAGCUUCAACAAAAGUGCGGCCAUCUUCCUUGAUCGACAAGGCUUAAGCUCAACUGGUCCGGCAUCGAAAAUCGUCCUGAAAUUCUUCAUGGCUCUGUGGUGUGGACUUUUGGGCGCAUUGUUAACUUUCCCUGGUCUGCGAAUUGCCCGAAUGCAUUGGGAUAUGUUAAAAUACUUUAGAGAUCGUCGGGUGGUGCAGUUGUUAUUAAAUCUAAGUUUUGCUCUACCUUUCCUUCUGGUCAUCGCGUGGAUCAAACCAGUAAGUCGCAACUACUUGACUGUCAGGAUAUUCAGUGGAAUGACAGAACCAUUAUUGACUCCGGCCGCAUUCGAUACGCUCCGAAUUGUCGCCAUCGUUUUUACUUUCUUACUGAAGUUGUGUAUUAUGCCGUGGUAUCUUCAAGCCUAUCUCGAUAUGGCAUAUCAUCGUGUUGAGGAACAAAAAAAGGAAGCUGGACGUAUAACAAAUGUUGACUUCCAGAAAAAAAUUGCUGCCGUAUUUUACUACUUAUGUGUUGUGACGAUACAAUACCUGGCACCGCUGAUAAUGUGCCUCUACAUGGGAAUAAUGUACAAAACGCUGGGCGAGUACAGUUGGAGAGGGCUGUACGUCGAACCAGCCGACGAAGAAUGCGCAUUGGGGGCGCCACCCUCCGUAGUUGGCGAUUCAUCAGAGGCAGCUGAUUCCAUUGUGAAAAGUGCCGAAAACUUUCACAUGGCGCUUGAUAGUCUCAAAUCAGUGUUCACAGUGGACGUCUUCCGUGGCCUCUUUGGAUUCGGCACGUGGUGGUGCUGCUUCCUAUACUUCGGAACUACCUCAGUAGGAUUAGUAUAUCAAUCGUACUUUUCACAGUCAUAACGUUAGCCACUUCACAGCCGUAAUAAGUAAACCGCGAACAUUUUCAAACCUCAUUUUCCUAAGCUUACGCGUGCAAGUAUUCUAGGAAGUUUAGUCAUGUAAGUUUAUAAAACGAUGUUAAUUGAUAUCAAAACCAAAUGAUAAGAUUAACACGCGCAACACGUGAACGUUUGAAACGAAUUUGCGCGAAUCAUCAUUACCGACAUCGAGUAGCAUUUGCGAACGUGAUCGCAGCCCGCUGCUUGGAAACCAGUCGCGGCGAUUAAUAAACAGCGUAGAUCGAGUGACGCAGCAACAAUGACAAUUGUAAACGCGUCUAGACUUUGCUUGCAUCAAGUUGGUGCGAAACUUGGAGGCAAGAAUUUACGUAUUCAGAGUUAAUUUUUGACUGUGUGCAGUUUUUGUAUCUAGCGUCGAUUUUACGCAUGUGUAUCACGUCAUUAACAUGCGUUCAAUUGUUUCUUUUUGUUUGUUCUUCAUGUCCACAAAUAAAUAUUUACCAAAAA